CUUGUGAGUUGCGGUUCUUGUGUUUGCCGGUAAGUUACGUUUCGAUUGAUGUUUGUUUUGAAUGUGUCGCAAAUUUGGUUCGGUGGCCUGGAGAACGCGGGCAGCUCACAGAAACUCAAGAUUCAGAUGAUGACAUAAAUUUCUAUUUCUGGAAGAAAAACUGCUUGUUGUGGGCUACAGAUGGUAUUGGGGAAAGUUAGUAUGAUGGCUGAUGAUGGCUAUGAAAAAGUUCGCAAAAUUAAAUCUUUACUGGCAGAGUGCAUGGUACCACCAAGGGAAUCACAGUUCUUAAAUUUAGAUAGAUAUAUCGAAGAAAACAGUGAGGUAUCAUUUAUUCCUGAUCCCCCUAGCUGGUGCAAUAUAAGCUUUCGUGGCUUUCAGGAAAGAGUGCUCACUUAUAGACCACAACAUUGGGGAGCUGAUCCAAAUGCUGUUCUGUGGUUCUCGAAAUAUGGCUGGCGAUGCACUGAAAAAUUUGUGAUAAAGUGUGAUAUAUGUUCUUCAACAGUUGAAUGUUCCUCAUUGAUCCAGAAACCAGACUUGUGGGGUGAUAUUGCUCAUAAAGCACAUGAUAAUUUGUGCUAUUGGUCAUUUUGUCCCUGUCCGGAUAGAUUUAUACAGAUCAUAACUCAUCCAAAAAUUUUGUGCAAAAAUAUAUGCCACAGUUGGAAAAAAAUUAUUAUGUAUGAAAGUGAGUUACCAAAGAUACAACAAGUUGUGUUAGAUAAAAUGGGUCUGAGCAGAGAUAUUCUGGAGCAUUUGUUUAAAAUCAUUGAAACAAAUUGUUCUGAAGAAGGAAUAAGUGCACUGGUUUUAGUGAUCUGUGGUUGGCUGAAGAGCUCAGAAGAUAACACUCUAGAAUGUGCAUAUUGUGAGAGGCAUUUAGCCCUGCGUCACUUUUUUAGCAUUGCAGACAGCAGCAAAAUUAAUGACUCUGUACCUGUUCAAGAUGAUGUUCGCCCAGGGGAUGAAGCAACGAAAAUGGACAUCUCUGAAACAAAUGCAGGCAAGAGCUUGUCAUCAGAAACUAAUCGAGAUAAUUCAGUCGCUGACAGUGGAUGUAAAAUUGAGAGUGUUCAUACGUUACACCCAAUGAAACGAAUCAGAAGGGGUCAGCCUGCAGUUCAUACAAGAAUCGCACGUCAUCGGGCACGUGCUCUAUCUUGUGUGACUAAACAGCAAUUCCCCUCUUUUUGUAAUAUGCUUCAUUUGCGGUAUGGUGUUAAAUUACCCAAACACAGAGGAUCCCGUAAAAAUAAAAAAUACUUGGGGAGGAAAUAUUCAGGAAGUGACAUAAUUGUGGAAGAUGAGAUAACAACUAAUGGAAAUGAAUCAACUUGUGAGAAACCUACUCAAGAAUUAUAUUACAUUGACAAAACUGAUGAGGAAGACUCUGGUCCUCCGAAUGGAAAAAAUGGUAUUAAAAGAAAAUUUCCUGAUGAUGAAGACACUGAGAAUAUUGAAAUAUGUCAAAUUGACAAACAGCAGAAAGUUGCUGCUGAUGUUUCUAAAAUUGAGGAUAAUAAUUCUAAUAUGCAUAAAGUGGAUAUCGAUACAGUGUCUAAUGUGAAAUAUAGUACUGAAGAUUCUGUAAAACCAGAAUCAGAUUCAGAGAUGAUUACAAGAAAUUUGACCUCAGAAAAUGUUGAAAUAAGUAGAAACAUGACUGAAAGUAAUCUGCCAGUCAGCGAACAGCUUGUAAGUCCCCAUGAACUUGAGGGAAAAGAAGCCUCAUCCUCUUCAAAUUGCGUGCAGAAUACCCUUCGCAAUAAAUCUGAUGAUGUGCCUCCAGCCGAGGAAGAAUACAGAGGAGAUAGCAAUUUUGAGAAAAAACAGAAUGAAAUUGCAAAAAUAGCUGCCAUUUCUGCCUCUGAGGAAAUUGGUCCAAAUGUUGGUAAACGACAGCUCAUUUGUGAUGAUGACCAACAAACAGAGGGACCAAACAAGAGAUUGAAUAUUAGUUCAGAGAAUAGUCCACUGAGGAAGAAAAACCUCAAUCCUGUUGUUGAACAUAGAUUUUGGUGUAUAUGGAGGAUCAAAACAGUUGACAGGCUUCUGGGAUCUCCCAAGGAAGGCUGGAGACAAAUCCUGGAUCUCUUGAAGUUUGGUGUUUCACCACAAAAUUCUGAAGCUGAAGAGGAAGCUGGUGACAUGUUUGAAGAAGUGAAGAAAAUACACUACAUGAUGAGUGGUUGGUAGGAGUACACAAAAUGCAAACCUUGGAUAGUUACGAAAACCAUUCCAACAAUCAUUGUGAAUGGGUCAUAUGGAUGAAUGUUUUGUAUAUGUGAAAAUACAACUGAAAAGCAAUAGACAGUACUCUAUAAGUGAUUAGAUGUGACUUUUCCUACCAGAUUAUCCUGAUGUUGCCAUCUGGAAACAAACUGUUGGGCACAGUAAUAGAUCUCAAAUUGCUGACCAGUGCUGUCAGCUACAUAAUUGAUUUUUCUGGUAGUUUAUGUAAAAAUGUGUUGUAUGUCAUUUAUGUAGUAAUAUAUCAUUUUUAUGUCAUAAAUCAUUAAAAAUGCUUAUUAUAGUA